AUGGAAGACAGGAUUCCAGUUGCCGACCUCCAGCACUCAGCUGGAUCCCUAGCCGCUAUUGCCUUUCAUAACAUCGAGCACUGCACUCAAAAGACCUCGUCUGCGAUCCUAGGAUACUAUCAUCUCCCUCAUAUAGGGUCUGAACACAGCAGCAGCGACAAUGCCGAUGAAGCAGCCAAAUAUACCAAGGCGUUCAUCAAAGGCCGCAAGGUCGCCGUCAAGGUCGCUAACCUCAUUAACCAGGGGAAGACUAUACAUCCUGUCCCGUUGAGGGUGACGGGCAGCGGGUUGGUCGGAGGACCACCCUGUGAAGGGCAUGCCCGCCUGAUCGAGGGCAUUACCUGGUUCGAAAAGACUCAAUUCCAUCACCAGUCCCUCCGGCCUGAAGGAAACCAUUCCACAGCCAGCCACUACCUGCAUUUCUCAACCCCACUGGCACAGAUUAUCCCCGGGGCAGAAGGGCGGACGCAGCCCAUGGAUGUCGUGCAAGAUAUCACCCUUAUCUCUGGUAUGUGCCUCUGGGCAUCAAGGAUCAUCCAGUCGAGUAUGCCACGGGGUCAGCGGCUCGACGUGUCCAGGCUCCUAUCUUCCAAAAUCACACUCUACGAGGUUGAAUAUCUCGCUCGCGCAGUCCCCGUCAUCGCCGACCUGGCUGCGGCCCUAUCCGCAAAUAAUCCAUACGGGCCGACACCACUGAAUAUCCGCCUCGACAUCCCCAGCUUCCACUACUACCACUCCCUCGAGGAGCGUCUCCGCGACGGAUGCUGCACCUUCCCCGAGGCACUUCAAUGGAUGCACGCCGUCGAGAAGCGCCACCACCAGCUUUCCCGGGUGUUCUGCCGCCUCAUCGACCACGAGCUAUCCCGACGGUGGGUUGGGACCCCUCACCGUCGAAAACUGGACGUCCAGGUCUCGCCUUUAGCGGACCUAGUAUUCCAGCUGAUCUGUGACUCACUGGCAAACAGCGUCCUCCCCGACGUGGAUGAUAUACUGCAAAUUGUCCAGACGGAAGACACUACAUGGGUCCGCUUCUACUCGCUGGUCCCGGAGAACGAGAAAGUGACGGACUUCCGGGCCUUGAGCUAUCUGUUCUACGUGUACCAGGUCCUAAGGCCGGCUUUGGAACAGACUCACGUCAACACCACAGAAGGCGACGAAGCAACAUCAAAAUUACUGAUCAGCGUCGACGACGCGUUCGAGCGACGGAUCUACUCGCGCAGUCAAAAACUGCUGAAGAAGCUGCGGGCGUCGCUGCCAGCGUCUGCGGCUGUCCCUCAUCUACUCGAGGUGUAUCUCUGUCGGCGUAUAUUUAUCAACAGCAAUGAGACAGGCUCGAAUCUCUACCUGGAUGACCCGUCUCCCGAGCCCUUUGUGUUGCGAUUGUGCCAAGGACUGGCUCCGGAGGGGAAGCAGGAACUUGUCCGAGCUCAGGAUCGACAUAAUACUCGCCCUGAGACGAUCAAGCUGGACGCAUUCGAUGUGGUUGAGGGGUUGUAUGGAUCUCACAUAGCCGAAGUGCUCAAGGACUUGUUUGCAGAGGUGGGACUGGGAGCUUGA